UGUUUUAUACCCAAGUCAAGAAUAGAGAAAUUACAGUCAACAAUGUCCCUGUAGAAAGUGAAAAACUCCAUCACCCACUGCCAGCAGACAGGCUCCCAGAUGACCCCAGUUCUGCACUACAUAUACCCCAGACUGCCUCUUCUUAACAUCUCUGUCCCUCAUUUAGAAAGAGAGAGAGUGUGUGUGAGAUACUGUGAGGUUUACUGUGUAUAAAUCUGGAUGGAUUCACUGAAGCCAAGGCCCGCAAAUUCAUCACCUCUCACCCCUUUAGGCUUCCUCGAUAGAGCUGCUACUGUUUAUGGCGAUUGCCCUUCUGUUUUGUAUAACUCCAUCACGUACACCUGGUCUCAGACCCACCGUCGAUGUCUCCAGGUGGCUUCUUCCAUCAAAUCUUUCGGCAUUGGGAGAGGCCAUGUGGUGUCGGUGGUGGCACCCAACGUCCCCGCCAUGUACGAGCUUCACUUCGCCGUCCCCAUGUCCGGCGCCGUCCUCAACACUAUCAAUACUCGCCUAGACGCACGCACUGUUUCCGUGCUCCUUCGCCACAGCGAAUCCAAACUCGUCUUCGUCGACUGCCUCUCCCGCGCGCUCAUUCUUGAAGCGCUCUCGCUAUUCCCACCAAACACUCAAUGGCCACUUCUCGUCCUCAUCGCGGAUGAAGAGGUCGCGCCCUCAUCCACCGUUGAUUUCAUCUGCACGUAUGAAGAUCUGGUGGAGAGGGGUGAUCCGGAGUUCAAGUGGGUCCGGCCGGAGAGCGAGUGGGACCCGAUUAUUCUGAAUUACACAUCCGGAACGACCUCGUCACCAAAGGGUGUGGUCCACUGCCACCGCGGGAUUUUCAUCGUCACCAUUGACUCUCUGGUGGAAUGGUCUGUACCGAAGCAGCCGGUGUACCUCUGGACCCUACCCAUGUUCCACGGCAACGGCUGGACCUUCACUUGGGGAAUGGCGGCCAUCGGUGGGACCAACGUCUGCCUCCGCAAAUUCGACGCACGUAUCAUCUACGACGCCAUUCCCAAGUACGGCAUCACCCACAUGUGCGCUGCACCUGUGGUCCUCAACAUGCUCUCCAACUACCCUAACCACCAGCCACUAGGGGAUCCCGUAAAAAUCCUCACCGCCGGGGCUCCACCUCCGUACAGCGUGCUUCUGCGAACAGAAUCUCUGGGUUUUGUUGUGAGUCACGGGUACGGAAUGACUGAAACGGCGGGAGUGGUGGUGUCCUGCGCUUGGAAGCCGCAGUGGGAUCGGUUUCCGGCGUCGGAGAGGGCAAGGGUGAAGGCAAGACAAGGGGUGAGGACGGUUGUUAUGACGGAAGUGGACGUGGUGGACCCCAAGUCAGGAGUCAGCGUGAAGCGAGACGGGUCGUCUUUGGGCGAGAUUGUGCUGAGAGGUGCAUGCAUUAUGCUCGGUUACCUCAAAGACCCAGAGGGAACCUCCAAAUGCAUGAGUAAAGAAGGGUGGCUCUACACCGGAGACGUGGCGGUGAUGCACCCAGAUGGGUAUAUAGAAAUCAAGGACCGAUCCAAGGACGUGAUCAUCAGCGGAGGCGAGAACUUGAGCAGUGUGGAAGUUGAGUCGGUGCUCUACACUCACCCAGCCGUGAACGAGGCGGCAGUGGUGGCUCGGCCCGACGACUUCUGGGGCGAGACUCCAUGCGCGUUCGUGAGCUUAAAGCCAGAGUCGCCGGACAAGCCGACGGCGAAGGAGAUGAUGGAGUACUGUAGGGCGAGAAUGCCGCACUACAUGGUACCGAAGACGGUCGUAUUCAAGGAAGAGCUGCCCAAGACUUCAACGGGGAAGAUUCAGAAGUUUAAGCUAAGAGACAUUGCCAAGGCUAUGGGGUGUUCGCCGGCAAGUCGGAUGUAGCAGCGAUGCUGAGAUGAGUUGACUCGGACCCAGAUCGAGUUUGACUCUGGCUUACACAUGUGAAUUGAAUGCAAUACAGCAUAGGCACAUUCAUUACAUCCUCAGGAGUUAUCCGUUGAUUAAUUUGACUUGUGAAAGUCUUUAAAUAUUUACUUUUCUAUUGGGCUGUAGAAUUGGAACCUUUCCGAUUUCUUAUGUU